GAGGAGCGAGGCCGCAGCCAUGGCGGCGAACCGCACGGCCGACUUCGCGCAGCUCUGCCAGCACUAUGCGGCCGCCAAGGGCAGCGCUUCUCUGCAGAAACCCGUGCACACGCCGCUCCAGGAGAACGCGCAGUUCAACGCCGCGGCCUCCGACAUCUCCAAGGAAGUAUACCAGGCCUCCAAGCGGCUGCAGCAACUCACGCAGUUGGUGCGGCAGAACAACAUGUUCAACGACCCGACCGAGGCCAUCAACGAGCUGGCGGCGCUGGUGAAGAAGGACAUCACGGACAUCAACAUGCAGCUGGACAACCUGCAGGAAUACAUCAACAGCAAGCGGCAGUCGGCGCCCUCGAGGCAAGCGGCCAGGCACUCGGACGCCAUCGUGUCGCUCAUGAAGUCCAACCUCAUGGCCACGACCAGAGGCUUCAAGGACAUCCUAGAGGUCAGGCAGGAGAAUAUGAAGCUUCAGCAGAGCAGGCGCGCCAGGUACGGCAAGACGGCGUCCAGCGCGCUGGGCAAGCCACUGGCCUUCAAGGCCCCGCAGCCGCCGCGCAGCAACAAUAGCCACACCGGUAGACUGCAGGAAGUGAACCUGUCCAGCACGCUGCCCCGACCAGGAGUUAGUGCCAGCGAGUCGUCGAACGAGGAGAUCCAGCCCCUCAUCACCACCAUGACACAGGAGCAAAUCGUGGCUGAGCAGCAGAACUACACCGAGUCGAGAGCUGAGGCCGUGUCCCAGAUUGAGAGCCACAUCGUGGACAUCGGACAGCUCUUCGGACGACUGUCAACAUUGAUCCACGAGCAGGGAGACCUCGUGCGAAGAAUCGAUGAUAACGUGGAGGACUCGCUCGUGAACGUGAGCAGCGGCGAGCAGGAGCUGCUCAAGUACUUCUCGAGCCUGUCGAACAAUAGACUGCUGGCGCUCAAGGUCUCCGCUAUCUUAUUGGUCUUCCUCAUCUUCUUCAUGUUCUUCUUAGCUUAAAAUCAAAUAAAACCACGAGUGACCAACGAAAGCGUCAGUCACUAGCACUGGUAAUGCCAUGGAGUCCGUUAUGCCUCCGCGCUUCAACCUGGCAGCUCUUCCUCUUCCUCUUCAACCUCUGAGCCCUUUAGCUGUGCUUGCUCUUGUUCUCGUCCUCGUCCGGCUUGAUGGCGAUGAAGCCUCCGAGCGACAUGGCCACGACGGUGGCGCCCUGGGCCGCAACGCGCAGGCGCAUGAACUUCUGCUGCGUGGCGGCGUCGGCGGCGCGGCGGAAGGAGGCCAGGCCUCCAACCAGCACGGCGGCCGUGGCCAGGCAGCCCAGCGGCACCAGCGGCUCCUCCUGGCAGCGGCGCUUCAUCUUCUGCCAGCCGGUCUCCAUCGGGAACGCGUUCAUCUUGCCUGCAAUUCUUCGUCUACACACAGCACCGCGCGAGUUGAUGUGUGCGGCAGCAGCACUAACGUUGGGCU